CCUACAUUUGUUCUUCUUCCUUGUGUCAAAUUUUUUAUUUUCAUGGCUGCCAAGCUCUCCUUCACAUUCCAAUUCCCUCUAGAGAAACCCUCAAAAGCAUUUCAAAAAAAGCCAAGCUUGGCUCUUUCGCACCAAAGUUAUUGUGAUGGGUUUGGAUUCUCCAAGAAAAACUCAGGCUUUAGAGGAGAAUUAUCGGUGAAAGUGAAUGCUCUGCAAGAAGAAGUGAUCCAAUCUACAACUUCAGAAACUACCCUUCUUUCUCCAACAACUACUCCUUCUUCCUCUAAGCUUGUUCUUGUUGUAGGCGCCACCGGCGGCGUCGGGCAGUUGGUUGUGGCAGCUUUGCUGAACCGGAACAUCAAAUCUCGCCUAAUAUUACGAGAUCCUGAGAAGGCAGUUUCUCUGUUUGGUAACCAAGAUGAAGAGAAGCUACAGAUUUUUAAAGGUGACACAAGAAACCCAGCAGAUCUAGAUCCAUCUAUGUUUGAGGGGGUUACACAUGUGAUUUGUUGCACAGGAACUACUGCAUUUCCUUCCAAGAGAUGGGAUGGGGAUAAUACUCCCGAAAGAGUAGAUUGGGAGGGUGUAAGGAAUCUUGUAUCUGCAUUGCCUUCGUCGUUGAAGAGAGUAGUUCUUGUUUCAUCAAUUGGUGUAACCAAGUUCAAUGAACUACCAUGGAGCAUUAUGAACCUUUUUGGGGUUCUCAAAUACAAAAAGAAAGGGGAAGAUUUUCUUCGCAAUUCUGGCCUUCCGUUUACCAUCAUCAGAGCUGGUAGAUUGACAGAUGGACCUUACACAUCAUAUGAUCUUAAUACUUUGCUUCGAGCUACUGCUGGGCAACGUCGAAGAGUUGUUAUUGGUCAGGGAGAUAAACUGGUGGGAGAGGUAAGCAGGCUUGUGGUUGCUGAAGCUUGCAUACAAGCACUAGACAUCGAAUUUACUGAGGGCAAAAUUUAUGAAAUCAACUCGGUUGAGGGGGAAGGUCCAGGAACAGAUCCCGAAAAGUGGCAAGAGUUAUUUAAAACACCCCAAGAAUAGUUCCACGAGAAACAUGUCUUCCAAGAGUGAAGAAUUGAUAAUGCUGCUUUAUUCAAAUUGUGUUUAUAUAUCUCUCUAAUCUUUUG